AUGAGAAUGACUUCUCGUAUGAGUGAAGAGAACAUCUCACAAUUAAAGGCUUUUGCAGAGUUUUGCAUUUCAACUCCUUGGUUAUUGCAUCGACCUGAAUUUUCCUUUAUUAAAACACUCAUUGAGCACUAUGGUGGCAAAAUACCAGAAUGCAAAAAUGAAGAUUCAACAUUUCCAAAGUCCACUGAUGGCAAUGGAGCUGAAGAAUCGAAUCCAAGACCUGAACCCUCUGUAUCUGACAGCGAGGAAAGUGACCUCGAGCUUGACAUGACCGGUGUUGUUGAACCAGACAACGAUCCAUCUCAGAAAAUGGGAAAUCUUACUUUGCAACCAACCGAAGAAGAAAUUGCAGAGUCCCAGGCAAAACGUUCAGAAGCAGUCUCUGCUUUUGUUGAGAAGGAUUACGAAAGAGCCAUUUCACUAUACACGGAGGCUAUAGUAUUGAACCCAGCUGCAGCUCUUCUCUAUGCAAAGCGUGGACAGAUCUACCUGCUAUUGAAAAAACCUAACGCCUGUAUCAGAGACUGCAACCGUGCCUUGGAGAUAAAUCCUGAUAGUGCAGCAGCUCACAAGUUCAGAGGUCGCGCUCACCAGCUACUUGGGCACUGGGAGGAAGCAGCAACAGACCUUCGACUGGCUUGCAAAUUCGACUUUGACGAACAAGCGGACGAGUGGCUCCGCGAAGUGACACCGAACGCCAAUAAGAUCGAAGCUCACAAGCGGAAGAACGAACGUAAGCUCCUGGAUAAGGCAAAGCGUGAGAGGGAGGAGAAAUUGAAAAAUGCUCGCGAACAAGCGAAAUCCCGAGAUGCGAACACGCGUCCUUCGCAGACGGACGAUAACGACGUGAAAGGCUUUUAUAAAUUUCUGCGUGAUCCGGAUAUACAGCAGGUGUUGAAAGAUCCGGAAGUGGCGGCAGCUCUUCAGGACAUGUUUUCCAAUCCCAUGAAUGUUAUGAAAUAUCAAAAUAACAAGAAGGUCAUGGACUUGUUUUAUUCUGUUGGUACUAAAUAUGGCGGCUUGGGUGGACUUUCUGGAAUGCCCGGAUUUUCAGGUCUCGGGCCAGAUACACCGCCAGAACCACCAAAACCUGCAGGACCAACUGACGACCUUGGAAUGGAUUAGAAUAAGUUAGUUUCCCAUAAUGAGUAAUUAAAUACAUAUUGUUUUUGUUUUAGUAUUUUUUUAAGAUAACAUGUUCACCUCUUUCAGGUUGAUUCUUUUUCAUGUACUGUCUUUAUUUUUAGAAUGAGAGCAAAUACGGUGAAUUGACGUAAUAUUAAAAUAUUGUCUACUUAAUUGUAUUUUUACUUACACUAAUAUCUCUUAAAGUUCAUUAUACUCUUCAUAGUUUUAUAAUAUUCUAUGAGGCUUCUUGAUGAUCGACGCCUGAUCGCCAUGUGUUAUUACUAUAAAUUUUGUAUUCAUUAA